AAGUAGAGGGAGUAAAAAUUCCAAUUUGGCAACUGCGCGGGCGUACCUGUAAUAUGACGAUUGCAGCCACUUACUUGUGCGUGCUUGUGAGUUUGUGACUGUGAGUUGCAAAUGGUGGUCGGACUGUCAUUAUUGCAUCGUUUAACAUCAGGCCAAAAUGUAUAAAGCUCGGGCGGUAUUUAGUUCAUUGACACCCUUGGCUCCACGUGUCUGCGGGGGCGAGAGGUUUGCAUCAUGGUUAGUCCGCAGCAACCCAACAAUUCGUACAUCGAAAGCUAUUGUUGGUGUUGAACCUGCCCGAAGAUUCGCUAGUAAAGUUGCGACCGAACCGUUCCUAAAUGGAAGUUCCAGCUCGUAUGUUGAGGAAAUGUACAACGCAUGGCUUCAAGAUCCAAGCAGCGUUCAUGUGUCAUGGGAUUCAUUCUUCCGUAAUAGUACCGCGGGAGCGACUCCUGGUUUUGCUUACCAAGCACCACCAUCUCUAGCGCCGAGUUACAAUCAGGUGCCACUUGGAUCUCUAUUGCCGGCUCUGGGAGGAGGUUCUCAAGUCGGUCAAGUCCCUGUUAAUGAAAAAGUUAUUGAUGAUCACUUAGCUGUUCAGGCAAUCAUUCGAUCUUAUCAGAUCCGAGGGCAUCAUAUCGCUAAAUUGGAUCCACUUGGCAUCAACAGUGCUGAUCUUGAUGAUAAGCAUCCCCAAGAGUUACUGUACUCUUAUUAUUCAUUUGGAAAGAAUCCUCGCACCACUUACUCUCAGGACCUACAAUAUCGAGUAGCUGCACUCAUGAAAAAGGAAACCGAUAUGGACCGCGUGUUUAAGCUUCCAUCAACAACUUUCAUCGGUGGUAAAGAGAAGUCUUUGCCACUUCGUGAAAUCCUUCGCCGUUUGGAAGGUGCUUACUGCGGACACAUUGGUGUAGAGUUCAUGUUCAUCAACUCUUUGGAGCAGUGCAACUGGAUCCGUCAAAAAAUGGAGACUCCUGGAAUAAUGGAGAUAACUAAUGAUGAGAAACGUUUGAUCUUAGCUCGUCUUACCCGUGCUACUGGCUUUGAAGCUUUCUUGGCCCGUAAAUGGUCGUCAGAGAAGAGAUUCGGUUUGGAAGGUUGUGAAAUUUUAAUUCCAGCGAUGAAGCAAGUAAUUGACAAGUCCACCGAAUUGGGAGUUGAGUCGAUCGUGAUGGGAAUGCCGCAUCGUGGUCGUUUGAAUGUAUUAGCAAACGUGUGCCGCAAACCCUUGAAUCAGAUAUUUACGCAGUUCGCAGCAUUAGAGGCAGCCGAUGACGGUUCUGGAGAUGUCAAGUACCACCUGGGAACUUACAUUGAGCGCUUAAAUCGUGUAACCAACAAGAACAUCCGCCUGGCGGUCGUUGCUAAUCCAUCUCAUUUAGAAGCUGUUGAUCCCGUUGUUCAAGGAAAGACGCGUGCUGAGCAAUUCUACCGCGGGGACGGAGAAGGCAAAAAAGUCAUGUCCAUACUAUUGCACGGCGACGCAGCUUUCUGCGGACAAGGUGUUGUCUUCGAAACGAUGCACUUGUCAGACUUGCCAGACUACACAACUCACGGAACAAUCCACAUCGUCGCUAACAACCAAAUAGGAUUCACAACUGACCCGCGACACUCGCGCUCCUCUCCAUACUGUACCGACGUCGCCCGAGUCGUCAACGCUCCGAUUUUCCACGUAAACUCCGACGAUCCCGAGUCAGUGAUGCACGUCUGCAAGAUAGCAGCAGAGUGGCGCGCAACAUUCCACAAAGACGUAGUCAUUGAUCUCGUGUGUUACCGUCGCAACGGCCACAAUGAAAUCGACGAGCCAAUGUUCACCCAGCCACUCAUGUACCGUAAAAUAAAGAAUACUCCACCCGGGCUGGACAUCUACUCGAAGAAACUGAUCGACGAAGGAGUCGUCACCCCAGAGGAAGUCAAGGACGUAAAAGAGAAGUACGAAAAAAUUUGUGAAGAAGCUUACACCAAUGCUCGCCAAGAAACUCACAUAAAAUACAAAGAUUGGCUGGACUCUCCCUGGUCAGGAUUUUUCGAGGGCAAAGACCCGCUUAAAGUAUCUCCAACUGGGAUUAAAGAAGACACUCUGGUCCACAUUGGCAAGAAGUUUUCAUCACCACCACCAAAUGCCGCGGAGUUUGUUAUCCACAAGGGUAUCGAGCGAAUCUUGAAGGCACGUAUGGAGAUGAUUGAGUCCAGGCAAGUCGACUGGGCGCUGGGAGAAGCUAUGGCCUUUGGAUCAUUGCUGAAGGAAGGAAUCCACGUGAGAUUAUCUGGCCAGGACGUAGAGAGAGGCACCUUCUCUCACCGGCACCACGUACUUCACCACCAGACUGUUGACAAAGCUACUUACCGGCCUCUGUGCUACCUAUACCCGGACCAAGCUCCCUACACCGUCUGCAAUAGCUCGCUGUCUGAGUUUGGAGUUCUUGGAUUUGAACUGGGCUACUCGAUGACCAACCCGAACGCUCUGGUCUGCUGGGAAGCUCAGUUCGGCGACUUCAACAACACUGCUCAGUGUAUCAUCGACCAGUUCAUCAGCAGUGGACAGGCAAAGUGGGUUCGUCAAUCUGGUAUCGUUAUGCUUCUACCCCACGGUCUCGAAGGUAUGGGCCCGGAACACUCCAGUGCUCGGCUUGAGCGGUUCUUGCAGAUGUCUGCUGAUGACCCAGACUACUUCCCGCCUGAGAGCGAGGAGUUCGCUGUCAGACAGCUGCAUGACAUCAACUGGAUCGUUGUUAACUGCAGUACUCCUGCUAACUACUUCCAUGUCUUGCGUCGGCAGAUUGCUCUACCUUUCAGGAAGCCUUUGAUUAUCAUGACUCCUAAAUCGUUGCUUCGUCAUCCUGAGGCAAGGUCUAGCUUUGAUGUCAUGACGGAAGACACUCAGUUCUUGAGAGUCAUUCCUGAGGAUGGAGCUGCUGCUAAAAAUCCUAGCAAUGUUAAGAGAGUGUUGUUCUGCUCUGGAAAGGUUUAUUAUGACCUUAAAAAAGCACGGACUGAGAGAGGGUUGGAUGAUAAGGUUGCUAUCACCAGGGUAGAACAGAUCUCACCAUUCCCAUACGAUCUUGUGAAGCAAGAAGCAGCUAAAUAUCCAAACGCUGAACUUAUCUGGUCUCAAGAAGAAGCUAAGAAUCAAGGAUCUUGGACUUACGUUCAACCGAGAUUCUCCACGGCUCUCAGCAACUCACGUGACAUUUCUAGCCGAAGUUCGAGUGAAAGUAGUGGUGGUUGGUUAAGUGGAUUAUUUUCUUCAUCAAAAACACCUUCCAAGUCAGAAAGUAUUACAGAAAAAUCUACUGAAUCAAAAUCACGAACUGUGAGGUAUGUCGGACGUCCCACAGCGGCUUCACCAGCCACUGGUAGUAAAAUGCAGCACCUGAAAGAACUUAAACAACUUUUGGACGAUAGUUUUAAUUUAUAAAUCAUUUUUUAGCUCUAUAGUGAUUAAAUUACAUUAUUUAUUUUUUGUCCGUUGUUAUAUCGAUCAUUCGCUGGAACAAAUGUUUUAAAAUGAUAAUUACUCUUAAGACUUCAAAUUCAUUCGGUGUAAUUUUUCCUAAGAUUAAGUGUUAGAAAAAUUGAGUAGCCUAUUCAGAAAAUUAUUUAAAAUAAUAUUUUUUCUUUUUAAAAAUUUAUGCGAAUGGUUGAUUUGUCAUUGAUUGACAAUUAAGUGCAAAGUUCUGUAUAUUCUGGCAUUAGUAAACGAUUUAUUUAUAGUUAGAUACACGAUUGAAUGAGUUUGGUAUGAAUUGAUAUGUAAAUUUAAAAAUUAAUACACCAAUUAUUUAAAUCUUUAAAUUGUAAACCAUAACAUUAAUAAAAAAAUAAUAUUCACAUCACAAAAUAUCGGCUGGAAAGAACUUCUGCAACUGAAACUCCAAGUAGUAGACAUUGUAAUAAUUAAAAUAUUUUUAUUUACUAGAGUAAUGGAUAAAGAGUCUUAAAUUUAUUCAUAUAUUCUUUUGAAAGUUUUAUUUUUCUUGUAAUAUAAAAUAUUAAGUAUUAUUUGUGAAAUGCAUUAAUUUAUCUAUCAUUUUAAUUGUCUUUUAAAUUUAUUCGCUACUACUAGGAAAGAUGAAUAAUUACUUCUAAUCAUAUUAGUUAAUAAUAAUAUGAUUUGUAAUUUAUUUAUAUAUACGUAAAAAAUGCAUAAAAUAUGUAAAAAUGAUAUUUAAUUUUGUUCUUUUGAAUGGAUGUAUCAUAGGUGUUUUUAGAGUGAUACUUUGCCUUGAAAAAAAAAAAAAAAAAAAAAAAAAAAAAAAACAAGACUCAUUUAAAAAAAGAAGAAAUAAAAAUAACAAUGUAAUACAUACAUAAAUGCUAGUUGUGAAUGGAGGUAUUAUUUUAAUUUAAACUUAAUAAUAUUUACAAAAAUCACAGUAUUUAUUCUUUCA